CAUGCAUAUAUGGGACCCAUAUGGGCUAUAUCUAGGCAAGCCCAUAUGGGUAUGCCCAUAUUGGACCUAUAUGGGACCAAUAUGGGCAAGUCCAUUUGGGUACGCCCAUAUUGGACCCAUAUGGGUCCCAUAUUACAGCACUAUAAGGAAAAACGAUUUUUCGUUUAUUUAUUUCUUUAGAACUUGUUUACUUUGAGCUAUAGUGUGACCACCUUGGCAUAAAUUGCUAUUAUCUUUUAUAAAAAUCGUAGCAUUAACAUAUAUACAAGCCAUGAGGGACCCAUAUGGGUCCCAUUCGGGCAACCCAAUAAAUAUUAGCAUGCCUGAGCAGGUGCGAGAAAUUAAUUUGUUUAGUUUUUAUAUUGGUUUUAAUUUUUAUAAUCUAAAUAUAAAAAUGUGUUUUUAGACUAUUAAUUCAGAAAUAAUUUAUAAAAAUCAGCAUUUGAUGAAAAAUUUAUUUCGAGCAUGCGCAGACGUGAUUUCCGCUGCCGCUUAAAAUCAAAUUGUGUAUUGAAACGUUAAAUUGUAAAAUUGUACACGAAAACAAUAUUUCAUUUCAAUUCGGAACAUUUAACGACGAUUUUCGUAUAACGACCUUUCAUAUUAUAUCCUUACAGAUUUAUUGUGUGUGUAGGCCAUCAAAAAGGCUGUAUGAAUCGGAUAGUGGCACUGAUGAGAAUGAGACAGACACAGAGAGUAGGCCACCACAAGUUAUUGACCAAGCAACAACGCCCAAAGAGUCACAAAGCCUACUUUCAUCUCCGCCUCGCUUAUCUGCACAGGCAUUGCGAGAGGCCAGCAGUGAUGUGCAAAGUGCUUCUCCAAUACAAGGUGCUUCUGAUACACCCUUCCGUGGGCAGAUUAUUGGGCCCAGUGCGGUUCCUCUCAAUGUUUGGUAUGGCAGAUGUACGGGAAACUGUUGACCGCUUGAUGAAAGAAACCAUGUCAAAUGAACUGGCAAGAAUGUACAAUAUGAAGUGGCUGAAGGGGAAGAAAAAGUUUGUGGGCCUCUAGAUA